AAGUGAUAUUUGUUGUCUAUAGUAGUCGCUAUCUAUGAAUGAAGAUACAUAUGUAAACGCUAAAAACAUGAAGGAAGGAGGAUAUUCUAUUUUUCAUCAAGAAUACAUCAUCAUGGCAGAAUAUCGUAUGCUGCAAACUGAAAAUUUACCUGGCAUUUAUGUCAUACCGUCCCAUGAAAACUCAUUUCUUUGGUAUGGUGUAAUAUUUAUUAGAUCGGGUACAUAUGGAGGAGGAGUGUUUAGGUUUACUUUAACUUUACCUGAAAAAUUCCCAGAUGACACAGUUCCUACUAUAACUUUUACAUCACAAAUGUUUCAUCCAGCAAUAGACGCUGUGACUGGUAUUCUUAGCCUUAGUGAAGUUUUCCCACAGUGGGACAGGAAACAAAAUCACAUUUGGCAAAUCCUAAAAUACUUGCACUGGAUAUUUCACAAUUUGAAUAUGAAAGUACCAGCAAAUAAUGAAGCUUCUACACUUUACAAGACAAAUAGAAAGUUAUUUAUUGAUAAGGUAAAAGAAAGUAUAGCCAAUAGUAAUGAGCAUAUAUACGACGAACCUCCGACUGAAGAUAAGCAUUAUAUAACAUUCAAACCCUAUGAUCCGAAUGUACAUGACUCUGCUAAAAACAUGAUGUUAAAGGUUCCUGGUGGUAAUGAAAGUUCACACGGUAUUUCAUGGGUACAAUCUGGAUCUUAUCAAUCUUUUUCUAAGGAUGAUACUGCAUAGCAAUUGACAUAUGAUUUUAUUGUUAACAAUAUCACAAAGCACAGCCAUAUGACAAAC